AUCGAAUGAGGAGUUACAAGAACAAAGCCCUAAACCCCGAGGAAAUGCGCCGGAGAAGGGAAGAGGAAGGAAUUCAACUGCGCAAGCAGAAACGAGAGCAACAGCUCUUCAAAAGAAGGAAUGUGGAGUCAAUCAAUGAAGAUGACUCCAUGUUUGAUAGUCUCCUUGUGGACUCCUCCAUUAGCUCCUCAACAUGUGGGGAGGGAGUAAUCACAGGAGAGAUGGUAGAGAUGCUUUUCUCAGAUGACCCUGACCUACAGCUAACAACCACUCAGAAAUUCAGGAAGUUACUCUCCAAAGAGCCAAAUCCUCCAAUAGAUGAAGUGAUAAACACUCAGGGAGUGGUGGAGAGAUUUGUUGAGUUCCUGAAAAGAAGUGAAAAUUGCACACUACAGUUCGAGGCUGCUUGGGCACUGACAAACAUUGCAUCAGGGACUUCCCAACAAACCAAAAUAGUCAUUGAGGCUGGGGCAGUUCCUAUCUUUAUAGAGCUGUUAAACUCUGACUUUGAGGAUGUUCAGGAACAGGCUGUCUGGGCAUUGGGGAACAUUGCUGGAGACAGCUCUGUGUGUAGAGAUUAUGUCCUUAACUGCGCUAUCCUUCCUCCCUUGUUAAUGCUCCUCACCAAGUCCACCAGGUUGACAAUGACACGAAAUGCUGUCUGGGCCUUGUCAAACCUGUGCAGAGGAAAGAGUCCACCACCUGCUUUUGAGAAGGUGUCUCCUUGCCUGCCAGUGCUGUCCAGGCUGCUGUUCAACAGUGACUCUGACCUGCUGGCAGAUGCCUGUUGGGCUCUGUCCUACCUGUCAGAUGGGCCCAAUGAGAAGAUCCAGGCAGUUGUGGACUCUGGGGUGUGUCGGCGGCUGGUGGAGCUCUUAAUGCACAAUGACUACAAAGUGGCCUCUCCAGCUCUGAGAGCAGUUGGCAACAUCGUGACAGGAGAUGACAUCCAGACCCAGGUGAUUCUAAACUGCUCAGCACUGCCUUGUCUCCUUCAUUUAUUAAGCAGUCCCAAGGAAUCCAUCAGGAAAGAAGCUUGCUGGACUAUAUCCAACAUCACAGCAGGAAACAGAGCACAAAUACAGGCAGUGAUAGAUGCCAACAUCUUCCCAGUGCUGAUAGAAAUCCUGCAGAAGGCAGAAUUCCGCACAAGGAAAGAAGCAGCUUGGGCCAUCACCAACGCCACGUCGGGAGGAACUCCUGAGCAGAUCAGAUAUCUGGUGAAUUUGGGUUGUAUCAAACCCCUGUGUGAUCUACUGACUGUCAUGGACUCCAAGAUUGUCCUGGUGGCAUUGAAUGGGCUGGAGAACAUCCUGAGGUUGGGAGAGCAAGAAGUCAACCAGAGUGGGACAGGAGUCAAUCCCUACUGCAGCCUGAUCGAGGAGGCCUAUGGUUUGGAUAAGAUAGAAUUCCUGCAGAGCCACGAGAACCAGGAAAUCUACCAAAAGGCCUUUGACCUGAUUGAGCACUACUUUGGAGUGGAGGAGGACUCAGCUGUGGCUCCUCAGGUGGAUGAGAACCAGCAGCAAUACAUCUUCCAGCAACCUGAAGGCCCCAUGGAUGGCUUCCAGCUAUAA